ACCGCCCCCCUCGUCUGACGUCACGCCAAACGGCUAUUUGCAUGAGGUGUUUUCUAGCUGCAGCUUCAACUCGCCUGCAGAACGAGUCUCUCCGAGGGGAAAGCGAGGGAAGAGGCGCAGUGAAAAUAAGGAGGAGGAGGGGGGUUUUCUUGUGUUUCACAUCAGAGGAGCAGCAGGAAAAAACGGCCCGAGAGCGAGGAUAAGGUGUCGGAUAGCAAAAGCAGAGGGAAAACACAGAAGAGCCGCUACUCUUGUGUCGGAAAAUGGAGCUACCCGCCGCGGGAGAGCACGUCUUUGCGGUGGAGAGCAUCGAGAAGAAGCGCAGCAGAAAGGGGAGGUUUGAGUACCUGGUCAAGUGGCGAGGAUGGUCUCCAAAAUACAACACGUGGGAACCAGAAGAAAACAUCCUGGACCCAAGACUGCUUGAUGCUUUCCAAGACAGGGAACGCCAAGAGCAGCUGAUGGGAUAUCGCAAGAGAGGACCCAAGCCCAAGCACCUCCUGGUUCAGGUUCCUUCUUUUGCCCGGAGAUCCAGUAUUCUGGCUGACCUUCAUGGGGCGUCCCUGGACGAGGACAGCUGUCAGAAGCCCAGCCCAAUCCAGAUGCUCCGUCCCCAGGGCCAGCAGUACCAGCUCAACAGCAAGAAGCACCACCCAUACCAGCCGCUGUGCAGGGAGCGUGAGGCAGAGCAGCAGACCAACGGCAAGAAGUUCUAUUAUCAGCUCAACAGCAAGAAGCACCACCACUACCAGCCGGACCUCAAGGGCCACGAGCCCAUGUUUGCUAAACCCAGAGAAGUAAAAGCUCCAGAGCUGGUUAACAAGGGAUACAACCUUCCCCCAGUGCUGCAGCAGAAGUGUGUCCGGGACAAGGACUCAGGCUGCCUGACCAAGGUCAAGGAUAUCGCCAUGGAGCUGAAGAAGCUCCCAGCAGACCUGAACGGCCACAAAGAGCCGGAGAAGGUCAAACCUAAAGAGGAUGCUUUACCGCAGUCUAAUGGUGUCAGCAACGGCAAGCUAAAGAUCGUGAAGAACAAAAACAAGAACGGGCGGAUUGUUAUUGUCAUGAGCAAGUACAUGGAAAACGGAAUGCAAGCGGCUAAGAUUAAAAAUGGUGAUUCUGAAACCGCUGGAAAGCCGCCGCAAGGAACCGACAGCAGCGCAGAGAACCACCUCGAGAAGAUGAAACUCGUCAGGAAGCUCGGUCUAAUGAACGGAUUUGCAAAAAAAACCAAAGACAAACCAACUGUUACCAGUUCUGGAUUUAACGGGCUGUGCCCUAAAGAAAAGGAACAGUCCCUCAAAACGGAGCCGACUGUGACGGAACAGGAUAAACAUGUCGAGGUCAGGGGUCAGGGGCAGCUUUCAGCGGAUCAGCCUUUACAAUUGACAACCAAGCCUAAUCUGCUCUCCCUGCCUUUGGAUAGGGGAGUUCCCUCCCCGCUGGACAAAAGAGGAAGCCAUGGUGGUUUGCAAGCACUAAAGCGACACCUCUCUGACAGCGAGGAGCAUGGGAGCAGUAAGAGGUUUCUGAGCUCCAGGAGUAUCAGUGCUCCUAACGCGGCAACUCCACCCACCCAAAGCAUCAGCAUCGACCAAAACGGACACCACAGUCACAUUGUACUGCAGGACUGUGGGUAUGCAGACCAAGAGGAACCUAUUGACUUGAGCGUUGUCAAGUCUAGGCCUAAAGCUACGCAGCCUGAGACACACACACAAGCUGAGACUGUAACACAAGCUGAAACACACACACAGGGCGAAACAGACACACAAACACAAACGGACGUACAGACAGAAACUCAGCCCCAGACCGAAACACAUAAAAGUACAGAGGAGGAGAAAGACAAUUCAUCGUCUGUUUGUAAACAUGAAACGAGAAAAGAGGAGACGUUUCCCUCUUUCCAGCCUUUCCUUGGGAAUAUAGUGAUCACAGACAUCACUACAAACUGCCUCACGGUCACCUUUAAGGAAUACAUAACAGUGUAACGGACCUGUGUAACUGUAUAAAUGUACAUUAGAUAUAUUUGUAUUUUCGGAUGCUUGAAUGUACAAACGGACUCUUGAUGUUUUCUUCAUUUUGUAUAGUACAGAUAAAGUUAUUUGCAUAUUUUCUUCUUAUAAGCUCUCUGUUGUUACUUCGGGAGAUUUUUUUAUCACAUG